AUCUUUUACCAGAUUGCGAUAAUUGUAAGAAUCCCAACACAAGAUUUAUGAUUCAAAAUCCCAACAAUCAACAAAAAUGUCUGUAUGUCAGAUGCUUUAAAGUUUUAACCUUUUCUGUUUUGUUCCUUCUUCUCCUUCUUCCCUUCCUUCAUCUUGAGUACGCAACAAUGGUGGUUCUGGUUUCAGUUCAGUUUCAGAGGUGAAAGAUAGGAAAAAGGUGGGAUUUUCAUUCUUUACUGGAAUAUCCUACUGGGGUUGCUCUGCUUUUGCUUUCUGAACUUCCGUUCUCUCUCUUUCCUCCAUUUCCUCUCUCUUCUUCCUCACCCCACCAUGUAGUACCCCCUCCAAGGAAAGAAGAAAGUUCUUUUCUUUCUUCCCAUUUCCCUUCCUUUCCCUCUUCCUCCCACUGUUCCUCUGUCAUUGUCAAAAUAGUGAAGCUUGUUGUGUUUUUGUUCUGUUUUGUGUAUUCUUUCUACAGUACAAAAGAAUGGCCACCAGUGUUGCUAAUGUCAGUGUCAAGGUCUUUGUUUUGAUCCUCCUACUCUCCACCACCACCGCUUUAACCACCGUCUCUCACCGGCACUACCAGUUCCACCGGCGUCUCCUCCACCAACCCUUUUUCCCUCAAACUCUAUUUCCUCCUAUAUAUCAACCUUCCUUUCCUCCCUCUCCCUCACCCCAACCUCAAACCCAUUCUCACCAGCAACCCAAGUAUCCCUCUUCUUUAAGUCCUCCUUCCACUAUCCAAACUCCUUUCUUUCCUUCCUUACCUUCUGCUCCACCUCCUUCACCGCCUUCUACCCUUCCCACUUUUCCCGCCAACAUAUCCUCUCUCCUCCUCCCUCACACCUCUUCUUCUUCUGCUUCUUCUUCUUCUUCUUCUUCUUCUUCCUCCCACCGCCACAUCCUCAUCUCUCUCACUGCAUCCCUUCUCAUUGCUGCUGUUCUCCUCUCUCUGGUUACUCUGUUCCUCUUCCUCCGUAAUCGCAAGCACCGGGGUACAGACAAGGCCUCACGUCCUGACUCCCUCCGGUUGUUCCCGCCAAAUACUGCUCCUUCAGACGCCUCCCAGAAACCACCCCAGAAACCACCCCCAUCACCGCAACAACCGCCUCGCUAUGUGUCGACGAACCACAGCUCGGAGUUCUUAUACUUGGGUACCUUGGCGAAUUCAGGAGCAAGGGUGGAGCCGGAUAAUGCAAGCCAAUCGAAGAAUGCGAGUAUCAAGAUCGGUGUAUCAUCUUCGCCGUAUCAUAAACUUGGGUCUCCUGAGCUGAAGCCUUUACCGCCUCUGCCGCGAGUGCAGACUUAUCAGAGUGGAGAGCAGUUAAUUCGAAGUGGGGAAGUGGUUAGCCAUAAUGACGAUGAUGGCGAAGAUGGGAAUGAGGAAUUCUUUUCACCAAGAGGUUCUUCCGGUCGGAAAGAGAGCCCGCCGGCGAUAUUUGGGUCGAGUUCAAGAAGGGAGUUUCAAGGUGAGAAUUUUGGGAGUAGGAGCUUCAAUUCAAGAACCGCAUCGUACCCAUAUUCCAACUUAUGUUCCCCAACAAAUUCAACAUUGAAUUCGAGCCCUCAAAGCCAGAAAUCAAAGUCACCGGAUUCCGUUAUCGUUCCUAAUUAUGCGGCGAGAUCCAAAACCCCGUCACCGACAUCAUUAUCAUCAUCGUCAUCAUCUAGAACAUUAUCAUCACCUCCACAGAGAGAUUCACCCGUUAGAGUUGCGAGAUUUUCGGGGCAGAACGCGCAAUCCUCACCAAAAACUGUGCCGAUAAAGCUGCCACCACCACCUCCGCCACUUCCUCCACGGCGUUUUUGGGAGAUGUCAGUGAACGGAAAGAUGAUUAGGUACCCAAACUCUGGACCUCCAGUCCUUUUUGCGCCUUCAAGGCCGGUGGUAAUGCAGAAUUUGGCAGUGAAUGAUGAAUUGAAGAAUAAUGAAGGUUUAGAAAGGAAGGAGGAGAACCCGAAACCAAAGUUGAAGCCUUUGCAUUGGGACAAAGUUAGAGCAAGCUCCGAUCGGGCCAUGGUGUGGGAUCAGAUUAAAACAAGCUCUUUUCAAUUGAAUGAGGAAAUGAUGGAGACGCUGUUUAUGGUAAAUGGCACGAAUUUGCCUAAAGAUAAUACCUUAAGGCAGGGUCUCUCGUCUUCUAUUCAAGAAAAUCGAGUGCUUGAUCCCAAAAAGUCUCAGAACAUUGCAAUUUUAUUGAGAGCACUGAAUGUGACCAAUGAUGAAGUUUGUGAAGGACUUACUGAAGGCAAUUCUGAUAUGCUGGGGACAGAGCUUCUUGAAAGCUUACUGAAGAUGGCUCCAACAAAAGAAGAAGAGCAUAAACUGAAGGAUUUCAAGGAUGAAUCACCAUUUAAGUUAGGUCCUGCUGAGAAAUUCCUCAGAGCACUGCUUGAUAUACCUUUUGCAUUCAAGAGGGUUGAUGCAAUGCUUUACAUUGCCAACUUCGAUUCUGAAGUUGAGUACCUAAGAAGAUCUUUUGAAACUCUGGAGGUUGCUUGUGGAGAGCUGCGAAAUAGCCGAAUGUUCUUGAAACUUUUGGAAGCAGUGCUCAAAACUGGGAACAGGAUGAAUGUUGGCACCAACCGUGGCGAUGCCCAUGCCUUCAAGCUGGACACACUCCUUAAGCUUGUUGAUGUAAAGGGAACUGACGGAAAAACCACGCUUUUGCAUUUUGUUGUGCAGGAAAUCAUCAGAUAUGAAGGCUCCCGGGUUUCUGCUGCCAAUCAGAAUCUCAAAGUUGAGAAAAAUCAGCAAUUGACUUUUCAGGAUGAUGUUGAAUAUAGGAAGCUCGGCCUUCAGGUUGUUUCAGGUCUGAGUGGGGAGCUUUCCCAUGUAAAGAAAGCAGCUGCUAUGGAUUCAGAUGUUCUAAGCAGUGAAGUUUCAAAACUUGCUUCUGGAAUCUCGAAAAUUGCAGAAGUUAUAAAAUUAAGUGAAGACAUUCCACUCAAGGACAGUAUACACAAAUUCGCCGAGUCAAUGAAUGCCUUUCUGAAGAAGGCGGAGGAAGAGAUUUUAAGAAUUCAAGGUCAAGAGGGAGUUGCUUUCUCUUUGGUGAGGGAAUUAACUGAGUAUUUCCAUGGGAACUCCGCCAAGGAAGAAGCACAUCCAUUUAGGAUUUUCAUGGUGGUAAGAGAUUUUCUUUCCAUUCUUGAUGGCGUUUGUAAGGACGUUGGGAAGAUAAAUGAACGAUCAAUAUGCAGUUCUAUACGUCCAAUGCCAAUGAAUCCAGCUGUGCCACCAGUUUUCCCAGGAUUCAGUGUGAGGCAGCCUGAUGGUUCUUCGGAUGUAGAAGGCUCACCCUAAUCCUAGUGCCUGAUCAUUUUCUCAUGUCUACCCAUGAUGUUUUCCAGAAACCGGCAUUACUCAAUAUGCAAAGAUGCUAGCUCAUAAAGCAUACUGAAUAUAUUGCAUCGGCCAGGUUUGCAGUUAUAUUGACUUGCAGGAUUUUGGGAGCUAUUUUUCUAUGUAAUAUAUGCAGGGAUGGAUUUAUAUAAGGACUUGAUAAUCUAAUAUACGCAGAAAAGUUGGGGUCUAUUUUGUAAAUCUUAAGAAACUGAACUUAAAUAAAGCACCUUAAGAUGAGUUAAUGUUAAGCUCUUAUUUCUAAUGAAAAUUUUGGACUGGA